AUGCAACAAAUUUACGAUCUGCCAUCAUUAACAAAUCCACAAAUGAUGGUAAAACAAAACACAGAACCACCCAAUAAAUUGGUCCAUAAGAUGAAAUAUUGGUUCAAUCAAUCGAUUCUGAAAUCGUCAUUACAUGGGUACCGUGACGAUGAUACUGUUGAAUGUAGUCCUAAGACAGAUUUGAAUGAUGCUCCAUUGCAAUCGUUCCCUGUGACUCCUGUAAGAACGAAUGAAGGGAAGUUACAAUUGGUUGAAGAUGGAAGGGUCGCGAUAGAAGAGGGAGAUACACAAUUGUUGGAAUAUAAUUUAUCGUCAUUUCAUGGAGAUUUACAAAUGAAUAAUGAUUCCACUAAAUUUUUCUCGUCCCAAAUUGCAAACCAUUUGAAAUUUAAGACAACUUCUUCAAAUAAAUUAAGGAAACGUUUGGAUAUGAUUGCCAGCAAGAAACAAACCGAAGUAAAACAUAUUAAAAAAUUUAUAACUGAUAUAAAUCAUUGGAGUAAUAUCCCACUUUUUCAUAACGAUACAAACGAUACACAUCUGGUCAUUAAACAAAUUACUACUUUAUUUUCUCAAGAUGUUCAAUAUCAAGAAAAUAUUAUCAAACAAUUGAAAGCAAUUGUUAAUGAUUUAGAGUAUGUAUCUUUGAAGGAAAAUGAUUUAAUUAAUGAUCAUAAGAAAUUGGUUCAAGAACAUAAACGGUAUAACAACAUCAAAGUGAAAAAGGGUGCCAAUCAUCCAGAGACUAGUUUUUCUUUGGAAAGAGUCAUUACAGCUGAACAUUUGUAUGAAUCCAUGAAGAUUUCAUUUCAAAGAAUUAUCUCUAUUACAAUGAGACAACUAUUUCAAGACCUAAGUUACGAAUAUUAUUCAAAUAGUGAAGAUAUGAAGAUUGUAUCCUCAAGUUUAAUUAAAGAGUUUAUGAUGUCAUUGGAAUCUCAUAAUUUUCAAAAAUUUAAUAAUCAAUUAGAACAAUUAAAGAGGAAAAGAAACGAAAAAGUUUGGUCUCAAUUUUCAAUUGAAGAGAAACAAAAUCCAAUUAAAUGGGAAAAUAUUAAAAGUGGAAUUUAUGAAAAAAAUGAUUCUUUAUUACAAGAUAUCUAUAAAGUUUUACCAAAUAGUCAUUAUUCAAGAAGAUUAAGAAGAGUUAAUAGUUUUCCCUCAGAUACUUAUCUAAAACCUAAUUUAGAGGAUAUCGAUACAAGGAUUGAUUGUGGAUUUGAACAUGAUUCUAAUGUGAACAUGUACAAUAAAUAUGAUACUCAUGAAUUGUUAUCGGAUAAGUAUAAUCCAAUGUCAACAAAUACAUUCCUUUUACAGCCUAAAAUUGAUAAGAGGGGACCAUUUCCGUCAUCUUCUUCUUCUCCCCCUGCUAUGGCAACAUUGAAAGUUGUUGAUACAAAUAUAGAUGGUAAUGGAUCAUCUAAGACUCAAUCUAACCAAAAGCUAAAAUCCCAAAUUAUGAAUCCAUCUAAUUCCCAAAUCCCAGUAGUCUCGCAAGACAUCCAAAACAUUACGAAUGCCAUUAAUUUAUUGGAUAAAAAUAGUUAUUCGGCAGAUUUCGAAAACAACCAUUGGGAUGACGAAUUUAAAUCUUGA